UCUACUAGUUUCCCAAUUCAAGAUAAUUUUUUCUGGUGGCUAAAAUUCAAAACAAGAGUGAGGUUAUGGCUUAAAUUCUUCAACUGGGUUGCAGAGAGAGAAAUCAAUUCAAUGGGGGACCUCAUCAACAACUGAUUAAUUGGUGUGCUCUGGGUGAACAAUAUUUGUGUCAACUCAAAAGCAAAUUCCUGUGAAACCAAUAUCCACUCGGUUGGACCCCAAUUUUGACAAGAAGUUUCUUCAACAAUUCAAGUGUUUCCUAUACUGAAAGGUUUUCAACCAUGAUUGCAACAGCUGCUCAAUCUAGAGGUGGGAAAGGCCAGUUUUUGCAACAGCUGCUGCAAAAUUAUGACUGCUACGGCAUGUUAUUGCAACCACAUCUGUCUGAAUUGAAAUCCUUGCAAGUGAUAAUGAAAAAUGACCAAGCCUGGUCCUUGCAUCUCUUUCACCCAGAUUUUUAAAUCCUCUCCAGGGCCUAGAAUAUUAAGAUAUGUCUACAGGUAAGAGCCAAAAAUAUAUAGACAGAAUUUACUGAGCCAGCAGAAACUGGUGGGAAUAAGCACUAGUUGAUGUUGAAAGUGCAGUGCGUGUUGACAAGACAUGGAAUGGGUGGAAAUGUGGAGGCCACUUUCUUGCUCACGAGUCGUAACCACAAGUAGUUGUGACUGCAGCUUGUACCACCCACCCAUUAAUGGCAAAUUGAAUUCUAAAUCUCAUCACAGAGAUGAUAAACAGAAGAACUUGAUGCAAACUGACACAGAAAGUUAGAAAUAGAGAUAGAGAUCUUCAUACCAGGCUAUAUAUGGUUUUUUCUUGAACCAACUUGGUGCUUUCUUAAACCAACUUUUGUGUAUUACUGGUAGCAAACUGAUAUAUCUCUUUCUGUUGAUUGCCGAUUGAUGGUGAUGGAUUCUCCAAAGAUAAGCAAUGGUUUUGAAUCAACUGCUGCAGUGAAGUUGCAGAAAAUAUACAGGAGUUAUCGCACACGGCGCAGGCUAGCAGAUUCUGCAGUAGUUGCUGAAGAACUAUGGUGGCAAGCUAUAGAUUAUGCAAGGCUCAAUCAUAGUACAGUCUCCUUCUUCAAUUUUCACAGACCUGAAACUGCAGCAUCACGGUGGACUAGGAUCCGCUUAACCGCUUCAAAGGUUGGAAAAGGUUUAGCUAAAGAUGCCAAAGCACAAAAACUAGCCUUCCAACAUUGGAUUGAAGCUGUAAGACUGUAUUACACUAUUAGUUCUCAGUCUUCAGCAUGGAUUUUCUACUUGUAUCAUUUUUGUAACUUAUAUAUUAUGCAUAUGGUGGUGCAGAUUGAUCCACGACAUCGUUAUGGUCAUAAUUUGAACUUGUACUAUGAGGAGUGGCGUAAAAGGGAUACAGUACAGCCAUUUUUCUACUGGUUAGACAUUGGAGAAGGCAAAGAGGUUAAUCUCAAGGAUUGCCCAAGAUCAAGGCUACAGCAAGAACGCAUUAAAUAUCUUGGACCGCAAGAGAGGGAACAGUGCCAGUAUAUCAUCGUUGGAGGAAAAUUUGUGCACAAACAAACUGGAAACCUUCUCAACACGAAUCAUGGAUUGCGAGAUUCAAAAUGGAUAUUUGCGAUGAGUGCCUCCAAAACAAUUUAUGCUGGUGAGAAACAAAAGGGAUUAUUGCAUCAUUCCAGCUUCCUUGCAGGAGCGGCCACUUUGGCAGCAGGAAAACUGAUGGCACAAGAUGGAAAGCUCAAGUCUGUAUCAGCAUACAGUGGGCAUUACCGUCCAACAAAUGAGAACCUUGGCUGCUUCUUGGCCUUCCUAAAGGAGAGUGGAGUCAAUGUUAAUGAAGUUCAGGUAUUUUCACCUACUGAUGAUAGUGAGAGGAGUGACAUCAGCAAAUUUGGAAAUUCGAUAGAUCCUGUAAUGCCCAGACCACAAGUUUCCAGAGCCAUUGAUGAAAACCAACCCUGUAAGUCAUCUGUAUAUGCUAGAGCUGGAAGAAAAUUAAGUUACAAAAGAACCUUGUCCAGCAAUCUGCAGAACCCAAGGACAAGUAUGCAAAAGGAGAUCUUGCAGAGGAUUCAAAGCAAGAAGGAAGCAAGUUCAUACCAAUUAGGGCACCAACUAUCUUUGAAAUGGUCAACAGGUGGAGGCCCAAGAAUUGGAUGUGUUGCUGAUUACCCUCAGAAAUUAAGAGCACAAGCUUUGGAAUAUGUUAACCUCUCACCCAGGGAUGCUGCAACAAAACAAACCUCUGAAAUUGCAGCUGAUCACAAAUCCUUAACAAAGUUAUGCGUAAUAAUGUGAUGUGACCUCAUGUUUAGGAGUCAUCUAUACUUCUAACUUCUUCCUCUACUUUGUCCAUCAACCAUUACUGAUACAGAUAUCAGCUACAAUGCUUUCAUGUGGCAUAUUUUCUCACAUGUAACAAACCAUUUAAGUAAAAUGCAUUGUCACCAAAUAUUUCCCCC